AUGGACAGAAAACAACAUCCAGUGAAGACGGGUUACAACGCGGCUCCACACGUCGUUACAACAUUUAUCGCUUCUUUUGACACCUCUUUUUUAGCGUCCAUUGUCUAUGUCUCUACGUACUUCGUGGCAAGGUCGAUUGGAUCUCGGCCUGAGAAAGAUCGUGCUCACCCAGCAUUGAAACCCAAGCAACGUCAUGCGUCUUUUCGCCCUGAAGAUCAAUAUAUCUCUCCAAAUACUACCGGUUCUCCGUCCCCAGCCCCACUGCUCGUGCCCUCUGUCACCAGUGCAACCUCCAUUUCUGGCGCCCAUCUGAUUCACUGCUCUAUUCCAUCUUGCCACACUUGCGCUCAACUUUCUCCUAUCCUCUCGGGGGUGACCACUCCGUCUACCCGCGCUACUGUUGUGACCAAGACCUCUGGGAAGCCGUGCAGUAGUGAACUCUCUCGCCACGCAGCAGAUAUUUCAUUGUCGAAUGAUCUUAUCGCGACAGGAGGAAAUAGAGCUACCAAUGCUGCUAAUGCUGAAUCUAGUCCUAUUAAUUUUGAGACUAGCUCGGAGACAAGCCCCAGUGGAGUACGUCCUGCUAAACCUGGCCCUCUCGACUCACCUCGGCUGGCCGCCGGACGCAUGGCGCCUACUGCUGGCAGUGGAGCCAUUGGGGCUGGAGGACGUGUGCCACCACGUUCUUGGCUCACUUUGGUGGAUAUCGAAUCGCCAGGAGGAAACAGAUGUCCGUUGAGAAGCGAUUCGGGGAUAGAAGAGGUUGGAGAGAAAUGCAGAGCUGCCAGAACUUCAGGGUUCUUGAGUGAAGCAGGCUUGCAACCCGCCGAGGCUGGACGCAAUGCCUUACCAGCUCCUCCAUCCUCUGAACUUGUUGUCCGUGGUGUCGAAUCCACCAUUGUUCGGAUACGGAGUCUUCUUGAAAUUGCAAACGGGAAGCGCCAUGGCGACUUCGUUUAUUGUUCACGCUUGAUCCAUUCUGCUGUGCAUGACAUAGUCAACCUCUUUCCGGCCUCCACCACACCUUCGACCAAUGUCACUAUGAAUUCCACCAUAAAUACCACUGUACCGCCAGCUGUGGCAACAGCCCUUUCUGGCCUUGUGAUGGCCUCACAACGCCUUCGUGACCAUUGUGAGCGAAUUUCGUUUAGUUCUACGAUUAGUGAUACGGCUGGACCAUGCGACCUAACCUUACGACCGGAAGUUAAUGUGUUGAUUCAUUUUGCGCACGAGAUUGCCAGUUCAGCUAAGGACAUCCUUACCUAUUACCAGAAACAUGUGUGA